UUUUAAUCCUGGGUUAGCGUUAACCGGCUUUCGAACAACCCGGCCCUGUUUCUUUUUAUGACUUUUUCCCAGGUAAACCCCAUGAUAUGCACGCCAAUUGAGAAUAAUCCAUUGUGAGUCGUCCGACAAAAGUUAUUAAUAGCCUUCCAUAUUUGCGAGCAGAUCGAUUGAGCAAGUUGUUCCACUAUUGCUUAAUUAAUGGACCCAUGUGAGACCUUGGAAAACAUUUCCCGUCCCUUUUUCAUUUUAUCAUUGUGUAUCUUCCGCCAAAAGUAGAUAAUAGCCUCCCACGAUGGCGAUCGGAUCUUUGAGUCACUUAUUUAAUUAAAGGAACUCGCUUCUGCACCUGUCAGUUUGUGUGAUCAAACUGCCUUCCUAUUGGUCAAUUGGUUUCUCAAGGGUUGCUCAAUUCAUAUUUGAGAACGUACUUCCUUUUCAAUUUGCGCUAGGCGCAUUCCAUGGGCACCCAGCAGUAAAGGGUCACGAAGUACGGGCGUUUACUUGUUCACAUUUAAUGUCCCAGUAUAUAGAGCUCUUAUAUGAGAAUAUUCAGUUGUAUUUGCUGUAAAUAAGUUAGUUUUUUUUUCUGUAUUUUUGUGUUGGAUUGAUUGAAGAAUUUGCGGAAAAGAAUAGAAUAUCAGAGGCAAGUUUUGCUGGUUGCCAUGUAAGUCCAAAUAAAAACGGAGUCACUGGGCAAACAGGACAAAGAUGUCACCUAGCUAUGCAAAUAUGCCAAUGCAUCCCGACCUAUACAUACCAGCGAAACUAAGACGUUUUCUCGAAAGGAUUUGUAUAUAGACAAAGACGAAUGGAGUUUAAUUUCUGCUCGUUUCUUUUUUGGAAAUGAAAUGAAACUUGAUGAUUGUCGCUUGUGCCUAACAUUGCGUCAAGUUCUGGUCGAAAAUUAAUCGGAUUAAGGCCUAUUCCGAACUACUGCUACUGCGCUGCUCAACUAAAUUCAAAACACGACGUUUGAAACCACUCAGUUCGGCAGGCUGAAUUAAGUGCAGCACGACUACUUAGCACGGUAGGUCUUGCCGUGCCGCACUUGACUUCAAACGACGUGUUCUGCUGCAUCAGCUGUCGUUGCUUUCUAGCAAUCCAUUUAAAAUGGUCUUCAGCAAAGCAAACUUCUUCUGACCUUCGGCGCCACUGAAGUCGACGUUUGAAACCACUGCCGUUCUUUUGUCAUGGCACUGCCGGGCCAAAUUCGUUUGAGUUCAGCAAGGAAGUAGCAGGACGUUUGUACUAGGCCUGAGCUGUUGAAAGUAGAUGAAAAUUGCAACAACAUUGUGACCGCCGGCGUUUCAAGGAGGUUUAUAAAACCUGGAAAUAUUUUCUCCUGUCAAGUGUAUGGCAUGGCAACUUCUAUUUCAGUCAUUUCGGCAGUCAAUAGCGCUUAAAAGUGAAAGCCAGCGACAACACUCUAGAGCCGCGAGAGCGGUUUCAUGAAGGAUUUGCACAUCAGUAUCUUACAGGCGUAGAAAUUACUUAAUUGAAUAAUGCAGCCGGCCAGAUCUGCCUCGUAGUCAGGGGUAUGUUCUGUCUUUGUAGAGCUUGAUGGAGAAGCAAAAACUACGAUUAUGUGGCAGUGCAAAGACUGAUUCAAAGUAUCUCCAGUAAUAUUUCGCCUCGCUAAAUUAGUUUUGUUAACAAGGCAACCUCGGCAAGACAUUAUUCUUUUUCAAAGCGUUCUUCGGAGAUAGCGGUUAAGCCAUUACUGAUCGCGUUUGGUCGCUAACGCUAGCGCUGUUAUAUCAGAGCUCAUAUCUCCUUUGCUGAUGUAUGUAUAUUUUAAGCUAUGACGACAUGAUAAGACCUGACCUAAACCGCUGGCGCUUCACUUCGCAAAUAUUUGAUUCGUAUGUAUGUCAGGUGCAUAAUUAAAUCAAACGCAAACAGAAAUAAUGCACGAAAAUAUAACUUGACCUGACAGACAGAUAAAUCUAAUACUUUGUCGGACAGGCAGUGUAGAGGGGAGAAGUAAAUACAGAGCGUAUUGUAUGCAAAGUGAGGACUGACCGUCACCUGCCCGAUCGCGUUUAUUCAUAUCCAGAAAUACAAUACCAACCAUCAUGUUUGAAUCGCGUCGUGGCUCAGCGAGGAUUGAUGUAUUCGUUUCAAGAACAGAAUAUUGAAACGGAGAACUAAAUCAAAUUUUCAGUGAUCAAUUUCACAUUUCGUUGAUAACCCGUUCCGAUUGUAAAAUAAGCUGAAACAGUUCUAGACGUGAUGUUACAAAUCUUAACCAGUUUUCAACGAAAUCCUGGAGAGAUGACGAUUGAGACGAAUGAGGAAACCAAGACCGCCCUGUAUGUCAAGACAGAAGCAAGGAAGGCAUCAGAUCCACAGAAACCAGCAUCAGAACCAAAGUCGUGGAAGCCACGUGAAUACUAUGAAAGAAUCAAGGAGUCACGAGAAGGGUCACGACCACCGAACGAUACGUCAGCUCCGUCAACAGCUUCACCGUCCCCACCACAUGUACAACAAACAUCGUCACCAUCCCCAUCACAUGUUCAAAAAACACCGUCACCAUCCCCACCACAUGUACAACAAACAUCCUCACCAUCCCCACCACGUGCAUGGCCAAUGCCCUCAUCGCCCGCCCCCCAUGCACAGCAAACAAUACCGCCGCCAUUACCACCAAAACAAGCGCAGCUCACAAUUCUGCCACCUUUGCCGCCAAAACAGGCACAACCAACACUACCGCCAUCUUUGCCGCCAAAACAGGCUCACCUCACAUGUCCGCCACCUUUGCUGCCAAAACAGGCUCACCUCACAUGUCCGCCACCUUUGCCACCAAAAAAGGCUCAGCUGACUAACAAGGCAAAGAUAAACUUCGAGGAACAAAAUCUGGGGAGAAGAGGAAGCGUACUGCCCAGGAAUUGGAUACCGAUGCCAACUGAUGACAAGGGAAAUGAUGUCACCGUUCAUCUGGUGAAACUAUCGAGCUCGUCGCCUGAGUACCGGGACGUUGAGAAAAAAUUUAAUGAAACCGUCUAUAUCGAGAAAAUCAAGAGCAUCGAGCGAAUACAAAAUCCUUAUCUCUACCAGGCUUACCAACUACGGAAAAUAAAGAUGGACCGUGAAAACCCCCAAGAAAACAAUGAGAAGGGAUUGUUCCAUGGCACCAAUUCAGCCAACAUAACGAAAAUCAACACUCAAGGAUUUGACAGAAGUUUUACAGGAUCUGUACACGGAGCUAUAUACGGUACAGGAGUGUACUUCGCAAGAGAUGCCUCCUAUUCUAUGGAUUACACUGGGGGCAGUCGGAGGGUUAUGUACCUCGCCCGGGUCCUAGUGGGGCGAUAUUGUAAAGGGAGCCCGAACAUGAAGAAGCCUCCGCCCAUAAACCUCAAGCAGCCAGAGAUCCUGUUUGAUUCCAUGGUGAAUGACAUGAAGUUCCCUUCAAUCUUUGUCACAUAUUAUGACAAUCAGUGCUACCCGGAAUAUCUUCUUACUUUCUAGAAUGAAAAUGACGUCAAUUUAUAGAGUUAAUUAUUCACAACAGUUGCACAUUUUCACCACGGAAAUUGACCUAUAUAAUGCUCGGGUUGUCUUCCUUGCGGUGGUAAAGAACAAUUAGAAAAUUAACUAAGCGUCUUCUAGCCAAGCUACAUCCUUCAAACUCGGCGAAUGCAAUCUUCCACUCAGCAUUUUAACGUUGCAAUUCACAAAUUGUGUAAAAUUCAGUUUGGAAAACGUUAUUUGCCUUCGCAUUCCCAUACAAACACUAUAACUUCUGACCGCUUUGCCUACUCGUCAAGGUAGCGUCGAAAACCGUGAUAAGCCCUCUUGUCUGGAAAAUUCUUUUGCUAAAAUCUAAUCACUGGAAAGUACAAUACUAAUGUUAAUGUGUUUUAGUCAACUUAAUUUUUGCUGAUUUUGUUUUACCAGUAAUCUCUAUUAUAAUAUCCAACGAGGUAAUUUUUAUAGCAAGUUAUUUUUUUACAUGCCAUGCAAGAUCAGUAGAACCCCGGUAACUCGAACCAAGUCCCAUUUUCUUUGGAUUUGACCCCACUUUUCAGUCAUUUUAACUCGGUUAACUCGAACUCGGAUAACUUAAAUUUCUUGCUAACUCGAACUGAAUUUCUUUUCCCUUGAUAAAAAUUUACCCCGAUAACUCGAAUUCUGGUUCAUGUAGCUCGCCAGGGACGUCAUCCCAUUAGCUUUUCUUAUCGUGUAAUCGGUAAAAACACUCAAAACUAACACCACAGCAAUUUGAUUUUA